UAAAUAAUGCAAUAAAAAAGUUUUAGGCCGUACGAGAAGAGUGCGCACGAGUGAAACCAGUGCUUCCUACAAAAUAUCAAUGGCCUUAAAUAAAUUAACCAAACUUGGACUUGGUUUAGCCAUUACUGGUGGCAUAGUUAACAAUGCUUUAUAUAAUGUUGAUGGUGGUCAUAGAGCCGUCUUAUUUGAUCGGUUUAGGGGUGUACUCCCUGAAGUAUCCGAUGAAGGAACACAUUUUUUGAUUCCAAUGGUUCAACGUCCAAUUAUAUUUGAUAUUCGCAGCAAACCAAGAAAUAUUCCUGUAAUAACUGGCAGCAAAGAUUUACAAAAUGUCAAUAUAACUCUCAGAAUACUUUUUCGACCGAAAGCAUCUGAACUUCCUAAGAUAUACAUGAGUUUAGGCGAAGAUUAUGCUGAAAAGGUUCUUCCUUCAAUUACUACUGAGGUUUUGAAAGCUGUAGUUGCACAGUUUGAUGCUAGUGAGUUGAUUACUCAAAGAGAACUUGUAUCACUUGCUGUCCAAGAUGCACUUGUUGAAAGAGCAACAGCAUUUGGUCUCAUUUUAGAUGAUAUUUCUUUAACACAUCUUACAUUUGGUAAAGAAUUUACUGAAGCAGUUGAGUUGAAACAAGUUGCUCAACAAGAAGCAGAACGUGCAAGAUUCCUAGUAGAAAGAGCUGAGCAACAGAAGCAAGCUGCUAUUAUUAGUGCUGAAGGUGAUGCUCAGGGAGCCAAACUUUUAUCUGACUCGUUUAAAAAGGUUGGUAAUGGACUUAUUGAGCUUCGAAAAAUUGAAGCUAGUGAGGAGAUAGCUCAAAACUUGUCUAUGUCUCGUAAUGUAAUAUAUCUACCAGAAGGUCAAGGUAUUUUGAUGAAUAUGCCAUCAAAUUAAAUAUUCGCUGAUAUUUUAAUCGAAAUGGCUUAAUAGUUGGAAGAACGCAUUAACAUUCUUUGUAAAGAUAUGAUUUGAGUUUUUGUAUUUUUUAUACAGAAAUAAUUGUUUUAAAAAAAGAAGCCUAAUAAUAAUUA